AUGGGUCAGAAACGUUUUUGGCGUUUCCGGUUCUGGUGCUGCGGAGCUGCUCUUUUCGGCUCUGCAAACGUGUAAUGUUUUGAGUUGUUCGGUAAAAUCUCUGUGUCGAGCUUUUUCGAUCAUAAGAUCGUUCCGUCCCCGGUUGACUCACUUGGAAUCGCUGCCGGAGGAGGACAUCUGAACGUGUGUUCAUCGUUCAGCGCUUUUUGGGGCCGUUUCUAGCGGGCACCUUUUCUCCUCUUCGAAGUCACUGCGAACGCCGCUAGCGAAGCGAGCUGUCCACCGAAGUCUUUCACCGAGUCCAGACAUGGUGCUGUUGGCAGCGGCUAUUAUGAGCAAGGCCGGGAAGGCCAUCAUCUCCCGGCAGUUUGUGGAGAUGAGCCGAGCGCGUAUGGAGGGCCUGCUGUCGGCCUUCCCCAAGCUGCUGGGCUCGGGCAAGCAGCACACGUUUGUGGAGACGGAGAGCGUGCGCUAUGUGUACCAGCCGCACGAGAAGCUUUACAUGCUGCUCGUCACCACCCGCACCUCCAACAUCCUUGAGGACCUCGAGACCCUGCGCCUCUUCUCCAGAGUGAUCCCCGAGUACUGCAAGAACAUGGACGAGGCAGACAUUGUGGAGAAUGCAUUCAACCUCAUCUUUGCCUUCGACGAGAUCGUGGCCCUGGGCUACAGGGAGAGCGUGAACCUGGCGCAGAUCCGCACCUUCGUCGAGAUGGACUCGCACGAAGAGAGGGUCUACCAGGCAGUGCGGCAGACGCAAGAGCGCGAGGCCAAGCAGAAGAUGAAGGAGAAGGCCAAGGAGCUGCAGAGGGCCCGACAGGAGGCACGCAAGGGCGGCCGUAGUGUCCCGGGCUACGGCGGGGCCGGAGGGUUUGGCAGCAACAGCGCGGGCUACUCGCCCACGGCGGCCGUACCGGAUUCCCUGGCGUUGGGGGAGCCCGUCAAGCCUUCCUACAUGCAACAGCAGCAGCCCAGCCGCAACGUGGGGUCCAACAAAGCGCUCAAGCUGGGCAGCAAGCACAAGGAGUGGGACACAUUUGCCGACCAGCUCAAGCAAGAGGGAGAAAGCAUCUCAAGCCCCACUGCUGCGAAGUCGCCCUCGUCGGCGGUUGCUAGGAACAUUCCACAGCCAACAAACCUGGAAGCGGUGAACCUGAAUGUGGAGGAGAAGGUGACUCUGACUGCCCUGAGGGACGGAGGGCUGCAGAAUUUGGAGGUGCAUGGCAUGGUGACGCUGCGCAUCACGGACGAGCAGUUUGGGCGCGUUAAGCUCCUCUUUGAGAACAAGGACGACAAGGGCGUGCAGAUUCAGACGCACCCGAACAUUGACAAGGAGCUGUUCAAGAGCAGCCAGCAGGUGGGGCUGAAGAACCCCUCAAAGCCGUUCCCCAUCAACUCUGACGUCGGGGUCCUCAAGUGGCGCUUCCAGACUCAGGACGAGAAGAUGGUCCCUCUCUCCAUCAACUGCUGGGUUUCUGAAGCCGGUGGCGGAAGCUGCGACGUGAACAUCGAGUAUGAACUGGAGCAGGAGCAUCUUGAACUGAACAACGUGGUCAUCAGCAUUCCCCUCAUGCCCGGAGCUGCUGCCCCCGUGGUGAACGAGUGCGAGGGGGACUACUCCUUUGACGGCCGCAAGGGCCUGCUGGAGUGGCAGCUGCCAGUCAUCGACGCCUCCAACAAGAGCGGCAGCAUGGAGUUCUCCGCCCAGGGGAAGCCCAACGACUUCUACCCGGUCACCGUCAACUUCGUCUCCAAGACCCUCUACUGCGACAUGCGGGUGCUCGACGUCGUUUCUGUGGAUGACGAAGCACCGGUGAAACACUCCCUGAACACCUACCUGAUAGUGGAGAAGUAUGAAGUGGUCUAACUGGACAGCCAAGGAAGAAGAAAUGGCUACAACUAUAUAUACGCGGGGUCCAACUGUGUCGGGCGUCUUGUAAGACCAGAAAGCUUGUCUAUUCCAGUAUCUAAGUGAUCGAAAUAAAUUUUUUUUCCACGGUUA